AAUUGACCCUUCCAUUGAAACUAACAAAAAUUAGGAAUGUGAAAUGGAGCUAACGCAGAAAGGUGAGAUGGUUACCAGACUACAAGUUAAAGCUUCCCAGAUCGGAAAGAUCCUCUCGAAUCUGGAAAAGAAAGGCGGUGAUCCAAUGACAGAUUCUCAGCUCAGCACUCUGACGUCUUUCACCAGCUCCAGUCUGUCGCCUCCCAACAGUGCAGGCGUUAGCGGACCUCCUAGUAAGAGGGCUUACCUAAAAAUUGGCACCAUACCGCCCUUCAAUGCCAACAAACUGCGCAAAUCGCCAUCCGCUGGAGUUACGAAAGGUUCGGAAACCAACACGGCAAAAACAAACGAGAAACCCAAGACUGCGCCAAGCUCCGCUGAAGACGGCGACGACAAGUCGAUCGAACAGGCUCAGGAAGCUACCAGCACUCAGUUAGCUACAAACGUCGAGCAAAGCAAAAAUAACUAACCCGUAUAAUGUUAGACUCUAGGUCUUCGACAAGUUCCAACUUCGGCUGGUAUCAAUGCGUUACUUAAUAGCUAACUAGCUAGAUCUAGAUGGAAGAACCCUACUGCAUUUGCAGUAAAAUAUAUUAACGAAUAUUUUUGUAGUCAUACUUCGUAUUCAAAGAAUUGUGAAGGAAAAUACAAAAUAAAACAGUUUUUUUUCUAUAUAACAUAUAUACCCGUUAUGAAUUCUUUAACAGGAAUGCGAAGCAUCAUUGAAGCACAAAACCGAGCUAAUGUCACGUAUGGAAACCCAGCGGGAAUCAAUGGCCGGGGCCAUAGCGCAACUGGAGAAAAAGUAUGAUAAUUAUUCAACCAAUUCAUUAUAAAUCGCUUGCCAUAUGUGCUACAUAUGCCAUAAUUAUGAAAUACUACUGCUUUUGUUGUGUCCUUAUCUGAUUCAAACAUGCUUCGAUUGCAUUGACUGUCUGAAAAUAUCGAUUAAAUUUAAUUUUUAAGCUCUAUUUAUCUAUCAAUGGUGGUUACAUAUUAAAGGUAAAACUUUUUUGAGUGUAUUGAUUGGAAGAGAUGCUUAUGACAUUCCUCAGAUUCAAUUAUGUAGGUGCUAGAUAUACUUGGUUCAUGCUGUUAUGAUUGUACAAAAUAAAUACAUAUUUAUUUCAUUUUUCGGUAAAUUCCAUGAUAUUUGAAUAAACAAGUUUCGCUGAAUA